UCACGAAUCUUCCUGUUCCCCCCGUCUCCUCUCCCCAUUUAUAACCACUUCCUUCUUCGCCCCAACCAAACCCUAACCCUCAAAUAACAAUCUCUCUCUCUCUCUCUCUCUCAACAAGCUCCUCCAUGGGCAACUACCUCUCCUGCUCCCUCCCCUCCCCAGUCGCCGGAUUCCAAUCAGGUCCCAAAGUCAUCCUUCCAUCCGGCGACAUCCACCAUCUCGGCGCCGCCUCAGCCACCGCUGCAGAGCUCAUGCUCGAACACCCAGGAUUUUUCCUGGUCCACUCUAGCGCCAUUCUGAUAAAUCGCCGCCUAUUUGCCCUCUCGGCCGAUGAAGAACUCGAACUCGGCGUGGUCUAUGUUAUGUUUCCAAUGGACCGCGUUGGCUCGGCCGCCUCCGCGGGGGAUAUGGGCCGGCUACUUCUCGCAGCAGGCAAGCAGGCCCUUACGCCGGCGGUGGAAUCGGCCCGUCCCGCUUUAUCGACGGAGAUGGCGGCGGAGAACCGGCUGAAGCUGGACGAGGUGGAUGAUGGUUUGUUUGCGGAGUUUAGGUAUAAGAAGAGCUUGUGCCGGUCGAGACGGCCGGUCUUGGAGACCAUAACCGAGGAAGCCGUUUUCUAACUUUUCCUUUUUCUUAGAAAAAUAGUUUGGUGGUAGUGGGAUUGGAAUCUUCUUUUGUUAGCACUGGAAUUGCAAGACAGUCGUUCAGAUUUUCAUGGACGGCUGAGAUCUAUGGAAUCGUAUCUUGCGGUUGGUGUUAAC